CAUUCACUCUAUAAUGGGAAGUGAAGAUCAAGUAUUAAACUUAAUGAGACUUCUAGAUGAUGGUAUACAACAGGCAGAAAAUAUAGAGAGUAAACUUGAUUCUUAUGAUAGAAUAUUACAGUCAGUGAAGGACCAGAUGGAAGUAAUGAAAGACAAGGAUACUCUACUAUCUGUAAGGAAUGAUAACCAUCAGAAAAUGUUGGAGGAAAUUGAAAGCCUUGUUAACCAGUUAGAUUUAGACGACAAGUAUGUAAAAUCGCUGAUAGAAGGUGAUCUAUCCACGCCCAACGGUAUACUAGACUGUACCGCGGCAGCACAACAACUACAGAGAUGCCGACAUGCCAGUAUACAUGAUGCUCUCCUUAAAUUGGCAGCUGUAGAAGAACAGAUGAAAAAGUUUAAUAAGUUGAAACAAGAUUUCUCUAGGAGGCUUAUCCAUCAUCUAAAUAAUUUGUUCAUUCACCAGGGGAACGAGUUAGGUGAGACAUUGAGUAGACAUUCAUCAGAGCUGAAGUUACCCCAACAUCAUUCUAGUCAUCGAGAUCUUACCCCAUACACUGAACUUAUGGCAUGGCUUAAACAAGCAGAUCAUAACAGCUUUAAAGAAUUAGCCAAGGUAUAUGCUACAAAUUUGUCAAAGCUAUACAGUAAGGAAAUACAAGAGUUUCUAGAAUGUGCCAGACAAACUAUAAUGGGUAAAGGAGAUAAAGCUAAACUGAAUGUGAGUGGAGCUAAAUUAUCGGGAUCAUCUGCUAGUAUAGGAUCACCAUUGGACAGUAAGAAACGAGCGGGCUCUGUACACAGUGUAGACUCCAUGUCAGUAAUACAGGGAUCAGAUGCUGACAUGACCAUGAGAUAUUUGUUUGACCAGGUGUUUGACAAGGUAUUGAGUGAGUUUGAACCUGUAUGUUUAGCAGAGCAGGAUUUCUGUUGUAAAUUCUUCCAUCUACUGUCAGAUGUUCAACCUUCAGCUUUACAGGAAGUGGUUGAUGAAGCAGAAGAUACAGGAGAUAUCUGGAUGAAACAGAAACCCAAAAUUACAAUACAAUUGGUAGAUGAUGACUCGUAUCCCAGGGAAUAUAUUGUGGAGAACUUGGGUGAGGGUUUAACAUCGAGGAUACCAACAUCACAACUGAGACAGAUCAAUGAAGAGCUAAGGACAAUGAUGCUUGCGCUGUUCCCUUCACUAGAGGAGGAUCUUGGCAACUUUAUAACAUUUGCUGAUAAGAUGGACGGCUUUAACUCGAUGUACAUGUUGGUACGGAUGAGUCAGCAUGUAACUAACACACAAGAUGCUGGUUCUUUCCUCAGUGUAACAUUUGCUAGUUCUCUUGUCAAAGUUAAACGCAACUUUGAUAAAUUUGUACUAUUACAGAUAAAAGCUAUAGAAGAGAACAAAGUUUCAAAGAAAGCUAAAUGUGGAGUGAUCAGCUUUGUGAACAACUUUGAGGAUUUUGCGAACCAGGCAGAGAGUAUAUUCCGAGGUUCCGAGAGACAUGCUGACCUAGAUAAAGCCUAUCAGAGGCUGGUGAAAGCAAUCUUUGAUAAUAUCUGUAGAAUAUCUGGGGACCAUCCGAAAACUCCUAGAGAGGUUAUAAUGAUGGAAAACUUCCAUCAUAUGAAUUCAAUACUGUCGGGGUUGAAGAUUCCAUGUUUGGAAGCAGAUAGAAAAGAAGCGAAACAACAGUACCAGGAAAAUCUGAAUGCUUAUACAAAAGACAGGCUGGGCAGACCACUGGAAAAAUUACAUACAUUUGUUGAGGGAAUAAAAGCCAAGAUGAACCAAGGAGUAAAAGCAGAAGAGAUUGGAUUUCAGUUAGCUUUUAGUAAACAAGAGUUGAGAAAAGUCAUUAAAGAGUACACAGGCAAAGAGGUGAAGAAAUCAUUAGAUCAUUUGUAUAAGAAGGUGGAGAAACAUUUAAGUGAAGAUGAAAAUCUUUAUCAGGUUGUAUGGGUUGCUAUGCAGAAUGAGUUUAUCAAGCAGUACAACACAUAUGUAGAACUGAUCAACAAAUGUUACCCAGACUCUAAUAUAACACUAGAGUUCAGUAUAGAUGAUGUGUUACAGUUCUUCUCCAACAUUGGCCAGUCACAUUAGUCAUGAUGGUGGUCAUACUGUUACUCUAAAAAUACUCGUAAAAUAUUUAGAGGAAAUCUACUGUGUAAAUUAUGAAAAAGAAUCUUUUUUAUAACAUUUAUAUCACAAGCUUACACUUCACCUGCAGAAUUUGUUUAGGUAUGUUCAUGGCAGUGUUUACGGUCGUUGACUUCAAACCACUUGCCCCUCACUGCUGUGUGAAUUCAAACAGGGACUUUGGAUUCUUUCAUGUGAGGAAGCUAUCCAGCUAGCUUAUGGAACAUCGUUGGUUUUUCUAAGGUGCCCAUUCAUGACUGAAAUAAUAUAAGGAAGGGCACCCGAGUUCUUCCUCAACUAGUAAAGCUGGAAAGUCGCCACAUGACCUAUACUGUUUUAGUUCACACAAAAAGGGAAAUUUGUGAAAUGGAGUUUUAAAGGGUCUUUUUAAUUUUUAAGGGAUUUCAAACCAAAUUACACAAAUUGAGUUUGCAGCAUUAUAGAGCCUUAUUAGACUGCUCAAAUGUACAGCCUGGUCUGGUUAUAUGCUGGUGGCAUAGAUUAGUCACUGACAAUAGAUAUAUAAUUUGUUACAAUACUGCAUGUUUGUAAGAUCACUUUUUAGGAGAUAGUCGUGAUGUUUAUAUACAUGCUGCUGUAAAUCACCUUUUUUCUCUAGAAAAGGAAGUUUGCAGUAUCAUGAAUUGUUUUAUAAAAUUAAUAUUCCUGACGGGUUAUAUGGUCUUAUAUAUUUACAAGCAACCAUUUAUAUAAGGCCAUAAUUAUAACCUCAGAGGCUAAAAUUGUCUUUUUUCAUCAUAGUUAUACAAUGCAUUAAGCACAGAUCUGUGUUAGAAUUGCUUCUGUAACUAAGUAUUUAUCAGUGCCAUUAUUAUAAUUAGUUAUUUUUUGUAAUGGCAAAUCUUUAUAAUUUAUGUCAGUUUGCGCCUUCUUUGGAAUUUACAAUAUUUUAUUUAGUGUGAUGUGUUUCUAGCUAGGAAAAGUCAUUUCUGAAUAACAAUUCAAUAGCCAUGAAUGAAUAAACCAUUAAAUAGCUUCCAGCAAUUAGCAUUGGUACUGUUUUAUGAAUUAUAUGAUGAAAUUAAAUGUAUGGUUCACUUAAAGAACAUCAUUUUACAAAAAACAUUUAUUAUUUUGAUUAAGAGAUAGUCAAGUAAUUAUUAUAUUUCAGCCUAAAUGAUUUAUUCAUAAAUAUACAGGUUUUUUGUUGUUUUUUUCCCACACAGAAUAUAAUGUAGAAAGGCUGUAUUCAAUGCAGUUUCUUAAAAUUAUUCUAAUUCAGAGUUAACAAAAACAAUUAUGCUAACUAUUACAACAAGAGACAUUUUAUUCCUUGCUGUAGUCUUAGCAGGGAUCUGUUUAAGAUAUUGAAGUAUAUACUGUGUUUAUAAGAUGCUUAAAUGUGCAAUAUUUGAAUUAUUAUUAUUAUUAUGAUGAUAAUAUAUGAAUAAAAUAUAUUAACAUUUA